AUGAAAUUGUUGGCCGGAUCGGCUGGCAAAACGCCGGCCACGGUCACGCCCACGAAACUCGCGAUUUCCACACCGACGGCGAACACCGUCACCGUUUAUGGGAACGUUGGGUCGAAAGAGAGUGUUGCGAAAUGUUGGGCGAAGAAAAUUGAAGAUGCUGAGGUUUGGAAGAAGCUCGCACUCGAGCCGAUGAAGCCGUCAUCGUUGAAGGCGAUUUCGAGGUAUCGAUUGACAAAGAAGAUUCGCGAUCAGAUGUUGCCCAAUGAGAAAUUGCCGGAAUUGACAUUGGAGAAGAUGAAAGAGAUCGUAGUGGCCAAGUUUAGGAAAUUCUUUAUUGAUGUGAAAAAAUAUUUUUUGGCCUUUCCGAUUCCGAUUUGGAUUUAUGACAAUCGAAUUUAUAGAAACGAGGAGUUGCACACAUUCGUUUACAAUGAGGUCAUCAAUCGAGACCCGUCGCAACGAAUAAUUGUGUUUUCUCAACAGCAACCAUAUGAAUAG